CCUCAACCUCCGUCCUCGCUGCGCGCAUUCCGCCACAUGAACCAUUUUCUAGCCAAUUACGCGCAAUGUGGAAGGCUUCACUCGACUACAAGAGGCAGACUUGUGACUUGGUGGGAUUCUUCUCAGGUACGUGUCCUCCGCGCUCACCUGGAUCCACCGGAAACAUGCAGAGGAAACAGAAUUUGGGCUUUUCUCGCGUCCUUUCAUGAUACCGAGCCUGCCGUUGGUUUCCCGUGAUGGGGAGAAGCGCGCGGAGCUGCGGUGCCGUGAUCCUCCUGGCCGUCGUUUGCUCCUGUCGUGCAGCCACGCUGGAGUCGGUCCACUGGAGCAGCUCCAAUGCAAAAUUUGCUCCUGGCCAGGGGCAGGUCCUCUACCCUCAGAUAGGGGACAAGAUGGACAUUGUGUGUCCCAAGACUGAUGCCUCAUCCAGCAGGACAGAGGAGUUCUACAAAGUCUACCUGGUGUCCAAAAGUAAGAUGGAGAGCUGCGGCGUGGACAAGAUGGACACGCCCCUGCUGAACUGUGAUAAACCUGACCAGGAUGUAAAGUUCACCUUCAAGUUUCAGGAGUUCAGCCCCAACCUGUGGGGCCUAGAGUUCCUCAAAGGGAGGGACUAUUACAUCACGUCCACUUCUACCGGCUCUCUGAAGGGGCUGGAUAACACCAGUGGAGGGGUUUGCAGGACCAAAUCCAUGAAGCUGGUGCUGAGAGUCGGCCAAAACUCUUCUGAUCCACUUUCAACACUUAAGGAGUCUCCUACCAGAUUCCCACACACACCACCCAAGUCUAAGUCCAAGGACUCAUCCAUGAAAGAAAAGAAUAUCAAAAACGCGGGCUCAGGAGCUGGACUAACAAAACCUGAUGACAGCUCUGAUUCGGGACUCUUCGUGUGGGUCAUCUCCAGCUGCGUGAUUGUCGUUUUGGUCAUCAUAACUCUCCUGGUAGUGCUGUGGAGGUGCCAUCAGCGCCGCAGCGUGCCUGAACUGCAGCAGCAGCAGCAGCAGCAGCCCACCGCCGUGUCUCUUAACACUUUGGCUGUGCCGAAGCGAGACAGCAUCAGCAGUGACAACAUUGGCUCAGACCGCAGCGAUGCUGUCUUCCCACUACGGUCUUCUGAAAGCAUGAUCUGCCAUCACUAUGAGCGUGUGAGUGGUGAAUACGGGGCUCCUGUGUAUAUAGUUCAGGAGAUAAUGCCUCAGAGUCCUACCAACAUCUACUACAAAGUCUAAUAUUUGCUCCUCGGAUCGCACUUACUUUUCCUAAAACGAUUGCUGUUGCAUACGAGACACACCUUCCACGGCUUUGUCUGUACAGUGUGAAGUGUUUUGGCAGUUAACGUGUGAGAGGGUUUUCACAACUAUCUAAGAUGUGUGACUACAGGUUUUGCUAAGUUUAUUUAUGAGAAACGACUCUUUUUCAGUCACCUUAUGCCAGCUACUAAUAUUCAGAUGUGUGGAUUUAAUUUAAACUAACUCAUGGUGGAAGAUGAAAUUCAUCCAAAUAUUUAUUGAUUUGUCCGCCGCUGUUCGGUGUAAACUUGUCUGAACUGCCGUGAAGUGAAAUGAAAUGAAAUGAUUCUGUGACUUUUGUUGAAAUAAAACGGGGAUCCAAA